GAGUGAGUGAGUGAGAGAGAGAGAGAGACGGUCGGUCGGACGGAAGUGCCGAGCCGAGCCGAGCCGAGCCACUCCUUACCCCUGGUGCAGCGACGUCACUGCCGAGCGAGCGAGCGAGCGAGUGUUUUGCGAUUUGAAAGUUUCUUGUGAUGGCACAAAAGAACAAGCUAAGCUCUGCUGUGGAGGUUUCAAGCAAGAAAUUCCAAAAAUCUAAACACAAGACAAAGGCUCAAGGAAGUAAAAAGAAGACUCGGAGUGAAGAGAAAGUGACAGCAAAAAAUAUUAAUAAUUUGGAAUUUCAGAGUACUGAACCUCCUGAAAAAGACUUGGAACCAAGAAUUCAAAAGAUAAAGAUCACUUUGGGUGAUGAGAAGGACAAACAAUACAAAAGCAACUUUGUUUCCAAGGACAGCAAUGAGGAAUCUUUCAGUGAUGUUUCAUCUUCAACAUCAGAAGACAAGGUCAAUGGCGAGGAUGAUGGGCAGUUGUCAAUUCGAAAGCCAAGAUACUGGUUAGAGAUGAAGGGAAUGGAGGCUGAUGUGGAAAGUUGCAAGCAUAAAGGGAAAGAACGUAAAGCUACGCAGAAGAAAAGAAAAAUGAAUAGUGUUGAUACUGAUGAAGAAAAUUAUGAAUCUUCUCGUAAAGGAAGAAAGCUUGCAGUAACAAGCACGUAUUCUAAAAAGCAAAGGUCCUUCAAAAUCAAUGCCAAAGUGCAGCGUCCAAAAUCUGGUAAUCGUUCUCGGCACGUGAGAAAGGAACCUCCUUCGUAUCCAGCAGGCAGUCAGGAGGAACACUGGUAUCUGGAAAUUCUGGAAAGGGGAAAGAUUACGUGCCCAACAUGUAAGGCUGUUAUGAGGAAGACUGUGGAAGGGCUGAAAAAACAUAUGGCAAACUGCAAAGAGGAACCCUUUGUAUGCCAACACUGUGGAAAACAGUUAAAGUCUUUAGCUGGGCUCAAAUAUCAUUUAAUGGCAGACCAUAAUAACAUGCCAAUUUUGAAAGAUGGUGACAUAGUUGAUGAGCAGACUGAUAGAGAAAGACUUCGUAAAGUUCUGAGGAGAAUGGGAAGAUUGAAGUGUCUCGGUGAGGACUGUUCUGCUAGCUUUACUAGUAUAAUGGGCUACCUCUAUCAUUUGAAAAAGUGUGGCAAGGAAGAAUCUGAAUUAUUGAAACAAUUAUUUAAAUGCCAACACUGUGGAAAGAUGUACAAGUCAAAGGCAGGCCUGGAUUAUCAUUUGAAAUCAGAACAUGCACCGUCUCCAGAAACUUCAGAAGAUGAGGCUGCUGAUAAAGAAAGUGAACCAGAAGUGGAAAGAACAUCCAGUGGAAGAGUGCGAAGGAGCUCUGCAAAGUUGGCUGCCUACCAUCUACAUGAAAUAGUAGCCGAUGAACUUGCUCGGGAAUCGCCUCGGAGGAAAAUCCAACGUGACCUGGUACCGGAUGAUGACAAGUUAAAGUACACGAGGCCUGGUUUGCCUACGUUCAGUCAUGAAGUGCUUUGCAAGUGGAAGAAUGAAAUGAAAACAUAUAAAAGAGUGCAAUGUCCGAACAAGGAUUGUGCUUCCAAUUAUACCAGCGUAUCAGGACUGAAGGCUCAUCUUGGUUCUUGUACAAGGGGGGACUAUGUGGCUGGAAAGUACAAGUGCCUGAUAUGUGAAAAAGAAUUCAGCUCUGAGAGUGGAGUAAAGUAUCAUAUUAACAACGUACACUUUGAGGACUGGUUUCUUCCUACUUCCAAAGCAGCUAAAGAAUUCAAACCCUUGAUGAAAGUAACAAAGAAACCUACAUCAAAUAAGAAAAAAUCAUCUGCAAAAGUUGGUAAAAAACAAAACGCUCAAGUAAAAUCUGUGAAUGAAGUAUGCCUCCUUGAAAAGGUCUACGAACCAUCAAAAGAGUGCGAUCAGUACAGAUUCACUGAUAGUGAGGAAGAUCAGGAUGAACAAGAAAAUGUGGGGAGCUGGCAUCUUAAAAGACCAAGCGCAAAAGCUGAAUUAAAGACUGAUCCUUCCAGGAAAUAAACAAUGCUGGAAAUUACGAUACCGAACAGUUUAUGUAGCAUUUUUUCUGUAAAAAUAAACAACUGUGGGUAUUGAUUAAAACAUUGUAACAGUC